GCAAGCAACGAAUCAACGCCACUACCAAAAAAUUCCAAACAAGACAUCAGAAAAUUGUUAAAAACAAGAAUUAUAAUUUUCUUAUCAAAUCUCUCUUACUCUUUUUAGUCCUCCGCUGACCCGAUUAUCCACUUACCCGAUCCGGUUUAAACACACUCAUAUGAGUGAGGUAUAAUGACCCGUACCGGAAUCUGCCGGAGCGGUACACCUGAUUCAAAAACAUCCGUCGGAAACGACGGCGGAGGAGGAGGAGGAGGAACAACCGUCAUGAGAGUGAUCGUACCUUUACAAGGAGUGGUUCAAGGCCGUGGUGGUUUAGUCUUGGGCUCUGUAAUUCCUUGUGCUUUCUUUUACUUUCUCCAAUUUUACCUCAAACGAAACCGUAGAGACGAACCCGUAUCCGAAUCCGACCCGGCUAAUCAGAACUCGGGCUCCUCGAGUCCAACUCAGUCGGAGCUGAAUGGUUUGUCUCGGUCUCUCUCUCGGGUCAUUCCCUCGCCGAGAAAUUCCGGAGCUCACGUUUCGGUUUCGGGUCUGGCGAAUAGUAUCCUCAAAGGUGGUGGUGAUACACCGUAUCACGUGGGUUUGAAACGGGCCGCGGAGGAUCCAUAUGACGAGUUGGGUAACCCGGAUGGUAUCAUCGAACUUGGUUUAGCUCAGAACAAGCUGAGCUCGGAUUUGGUUUCGGAUCAAAAUUCAAUUGGAUUGAGUUUAAGUGGGAUUGCUUCCUACGAGCCUUCUGAUGGACUUAUGGAACUCAAAAUGGUUGUGGCAAAGCUCAUGUCUGAAGCAACCAAGAAUUCUGUUUGCUUUGAUCCAUCGCAGUUAGUAUUAACUUCUGGUGCAGCAUCAGCCAUAGAGAUUCUUUCCUUCUGCUUAGCCGAUUCUGGAAACGCUUUCCUUGUUCCAACGCCGUGUUCUCCUGGAUUCCAUGUGGAUGUUAAAUGGCGAAACGGAGUUGAAAUCAUACACGUUCCUUGUAGAAGUUCUGACAACUUCAAUAUAUCCGUUACUGCACUUGACCGAACUUUCUCUCAAGCCAAGAAACGCGGUGUGAGAAUCCGCGGAAUCAUAAUCUCAAACCCUUCCAAUCCCAUGGGACGUCUCUUGAGCAGAGAAAACCUCUAUGCUCUUUUGGACUUUGCCCGCGAAAAGAACAUUCAUAUAAUAUCCAACGAGAUCUUUGCUUGUUCGAUCCACGGAGAUGAAGAAGCAGAGUUUGUCAGCAUAGCUGAAAUAGCUGACACAGAAGAGAAUCUCGACAAGGAAAGAGUUCACAUCGUGUAUGAUCUUUCAAAAGACUUGUCUUUUCCAGGACUCAGAGCCGGCGCCAUUUACUCCUUCAAUGAGAACGUUUUAGCAGCUUCUAGAAAGCUCACAACGCUCUCACCCGUUUCAUCACCAUCCCAGCAUUUGCUCAUGUCUGCAAUCUCCAAACCGGAAUUCCUUCAAACAUAUGUUAAAACCAAUAGACAGAGACUACAGAGAAUCUACUCAGAGUUUGUGAAGGGAUUAAAAGGUUUAGGAAUCGAGUGCACGAGAAGCAAUGGAGGGUUGUUCUGUUGGGCAGAUAUGAGAGGAUUGAUCUCUUCUUAUAGCGAGAAAGGCGAAAUCGAGCUUUGGAACAAGUUCUUGGACAUUGGUAAGUUCAAUGUAACACCAGGAUCUUGCUGUCAUUGUAUUGAACCAGGAUGGUUUAGAUUCUGUUUUAGUAAUUUGUCUGAAAAAGAUGUGCUUGUAGUUAUGAACCGUAUCAGAAAAGUUUGUGUAACAUGUAAAUCACAAAAUUGAAAAUUGCUUAUCUACA